GAGAAAAUAGAGAUCCUACGAGAGGUUAUGUUCCCUCUCCUAGAACCUAUAGACCUAUUAGAUAUUAACGGCACGGAAUACCUAGAAGCCGUGAGUAUCCCUAGAGAAAUCACGGAUAAUAAUAUACUCGGCGCUAUUAAGACACUCCCGAAUGAUAAAGCGCCCGGGCUAGAUAGAAUUCCGAAUUAA